AGAUGAGGGGGCGUGGCACACGGGAGGAUCGGACGAGCGGGGCAUGACAAUCUGGUAAGAUGAAGUCACUUGUUUGCCAGUAUUCCUUGUUGUUUUGUAUUCAGCUAAUUGAUGUACUCUAAGAGAAAGCCAAGAGUUAAAAAAUGCUUUAAUUUGUAUAUAGUUGUCUUGUUGAUUGUAGCUAAUCUUGUGUAUAUGCCAUUUUGUUCAGCAUAUUUAUUGUGCAGAAGAAACAUUUUGAUGCAGUUGUAUAAUUAAGGGGUGGACUCACCUAUCUCUCGAGCGGAGGUCGCUAAGGUGGUUAAAAAGCUCCUCGGUAGCCGGGCCCCCGGGGUGGAUGAGAUCCACCCGGAGUUCCUCAAGGCUCUGGAUGUUGCAAGCCUGUCCUAGUUGACACACAUCUGCAGCAUCGCAUGGAUAUCGGGGGUGGUGCCUCUGGAUUGGCAGACCUCUUCAAGAAGGGGGACCGGAGGGUGUGAUCCAACUAUAGGUCGAUCACACUCCUCUGCCUCCCUGGUAAGGUCUAUAUUCUCAGCAGGGUCCUGAAGGGUGCAUGGGCAUUUGCCCAACCAGUCUACAUGUGUCUUGUAGACUUGGAGAAGGCAUUCAACCAUGUCCCUCGGAGAGUCCUGUGGGGAGUGCUCCGGGAGUAUGGGGUGCCGGGCUGCCUUAUCAGGGCUGUUCGGUCCCUGUACAACCGAUGUCAGAGCUUAAUCUUCAUUGUAGGCAGUAUGUCGGACUCGUUUCCAGUGAGUGUUGGACUCCAACAAGGCUGCCCUUUGUCACCAAUUCUGUUCAUAACUUUAAUGGAUAGAAUUUCUAGGUGCAGCCAGAGCGUUGACGGUGUCCGGUUUGGUGACCUCAGGAUUAGGUCUCUGCUUUUUGCAGAUGAUGUGGUUCUGUUGGCCUCAUGAGACUGUGACCUUCGACUCUCACUGGAGCAUGAAACAGCUGGGAUGAAAAUCAGCACUUCCAAAUCUGGUACCAUGGUCCUCAGCCAGAAAAGGUGUGCAAGUUCAAAGCCCACAAGCGCUGUGCUGUCAGAGCCAACAACAACUGUAAAUGGAGCACCCUUGCAUCCAUCGGGAAGGAUAUCAUUGAGGAUGAGGAUGGGAUCUCAAUGCCACACCAGUGGCUGGAAGGGAACCUGCCUGUUAGUGCCAAGUGUACAAUAUGUGAAAAAACCUGUGGCAGUGUGCUUCGCCUGCAGGACUGGCGUUGUCUCUGGUGUAAAGCUAUGGUUCAUACAGUAUGUAAAGAGCAGCUGUCCAACAAGUGUCCUCUGGGUCAAUGCAAAGUAUCUGUCAUUCCCCCCACAGCACUCAAUAGUAUUGAUUCAGAUGGGUUCUGGAAGGCCUCCUGUCCACCCUCUUGCACAAGUCCCCUUCUUGUCUUUGUCAACUCUAAAAGUGGGGAUAACCAGGGUGUCAAGUUCUUACGUCGAUUCAAGCAGCUGCUCAAUCCUGCUCAAGUGUUUGACCUCAUGAAUGGAGGGCCACACCUGGGUUUACGGCUGUUCCAGAAGUUUGACACAUUUCGUAUCCUGGUUUGUGGAGGGGAUGGCAGUGUAGGCUGGGUGCUCUCAGAGAUUGAUGCUCUGACUCUACACAAGCAAUGCCAACUAGGUGUUUUGCCACUGGGCACAGGGAAUGAUCUGGCACGGGUGCUGGGCUGGGGGUCCGCAUGUGAUGAUGAUACCCAACUACCACAAAUCUUAGAGAAACUGGAGAGAGCCAGUACAAAGAUGCUGGACAGAUGGAGUAUUAUGGUAUAUGAGACAAAAAUUCCACGACAGCAUUCCAGUUCAACGAUGGCAGAAGACUGCAGUGAUGACUCUGAGGUACAACAGAUUCUUACAUAUGAAGAUUCAGUAGCAGCUCAUCUGUCUAAAAUUGUCACUUCAGACCAGCACUCUGUGGUUAUCUCAUCUGCAAAGGUGCUAUGUGAGACAGUGAAGGACUUUGUUGCUCGUGUUGGAAAAGCAUAUGAAAAAACUCCAGAGUGUUCUGAGGAAUCGGAGGCCAUGGCCAAGAAGUGUGGAGUUUUGAAGGAGAAGCUGGACUCGCUGCUCAAAACACUGAAUGAGGAGGCACAAGCAUCCACUAUUCUGCCCAGCCUUUAUCCCACAAUUGCUGAGGAGCAGGACAAAGGGGAGGGGUUCAUGAUGACUUCUCCAUGCAUCCCUCCUACGCCAUGUUCUCCCCGAACCACCUCUACCAUCUUUACUCCACGGGAGCAACUAAUGUUGAGAGCCAACAGCCUGAAGAAAGCCAUUCGACAGAUUAUUGAGCAUACUGAAAAAGCUGUUGAUGACCAGAAUGCUCAAACACAGCAACAUGUUUUUUCUCUGGCAACGGAGGAGGAGGAGGAGGAUGAAGAUGAUGAGCGUAAUUCCCUUCAGUCUACUUAUAGUGGGAGCACAUCCCAAAACAUUAAGGCACAUCCCUCUAAAAGAGGUCUGAGGGCUGGAAUGACUGGGUCCCUCUCAAAUACUUCAGUUAUCAGCCGACUGCUAGUGAAUGCAGAUUCCUUCAGUUGUGACCCCGAAAACUUCCAAUGCUACACAGAGAAAUGUGUGAUGAACAAUUACUUUGGAAUCGGACUAGAUGCAAAAAUUUCUCUAGAUUUCAACAAUAAGCGGGAUGAACAUCCAGAGAAAUGCAGAAGCCGGACAAAGAACAUGAUGUGGUACGGAGUCCUGGGCACCAAAGAGCUCCUGCAUCGUACAUACAAGAAUCUGGAGCAGAAGGUGCUGCUGGAGUGUGACGGAAGACCCAUUCCACUCCCCAGCCUGCAGGGCAUUGCUGUACUCAACAUACCAAGCUAUGCUGGUGGAACUAACUUCUGGGGUGGCACCAAGGAGGAUGAUACAUUCACUGCUCCUUCAUUUGAUGACAAGAUCCUGGAAGUUGUUGCUGUGUUUGGCAGCAUGCAGAUGGCUGUAUCACGAGUUAUCAACCUCCAACACCAUCGUAUUGCACAGUGCCGGACAGUGAAGAUCACCAUUCUUGGGGAUGAGGGUGUUCCAGUUCAAGUGGAUGGAGAGGCCUGGAUACAGCCACCAGGUUACAUCCGCAUCAUCCAUAAGAACCGUACACAGACUCUUACCAGAGACAGGGCAUUUGAAAAUACACUCAAGUCUUGGGAGGACAAGCAGAAAUGUGAGUUCCCUCGUCCUUCAUCCCAGCAUGCACUACCACCAGAGAUUGUGUCAGAGGAAGAGGCAGCUCAGAUCAACCUUUUUGGUCAGGCAGCUGGAGCCUUCAUACACAGUAUUCGAGAAAUUGCCCAGUCGCACCAGGACAUCGAGCAGGAGCUAGCUCAUGCUGUCAAUGCCAGUUGUAAGGCUAUGGAUGUGGUUUAUGCCAAGUCCAAAAAUCCAGAGGGCCUGAAUUGCAGUUCAGUGGUUCAGAUGGUAAGCAAUGUUAAAGCCCUUCAUAAUGAAACAGAACUGCUCCUGGCUAGCAAAAUGUGUAUGCAGCUGGACCCUCCUCAAAAAGAGCAGUUAAAUGGUUCCCUAACCAAUGUCACCCAGCAUCUUCGGAGGCUGGCAGACAUUGCUUGGCUUUGCCAGCUGAUCGAACCGACAGAUGAGGUACACCUGAUGGAUUUGUCCAAGCGAAACCGUGGUGGCAAGUUCCGUCUUGUCCCCAAGUUCAAGAAGGAAAAGAAUAACAAGAACAAGGAAGCUAGCAACACCCUUUCUUUACCAGUGAAUCAGUGGAGUACAGAAGAGGUGGCAGCCUGGUUGGAGCUAAUCUGUCUCUCGGAGUACAAGGAGAUUUUCAUCGGCCAUGACAUCCGUGGAGCUGAGCUUCUACACUUAGAAAGGCGGGACCUCAAGGAGUUAGGUGUGACUAAAGUGGGCCAUAUGAAACGGAUCUUACAAGGAAUCAGGGAACUGAGCCAGACCAAUAGCACCAACGAGGCCUAGUGUCUCCCUUCCAAGGCUGUGCAGCAGCAUGUCGUUUGUGCAUGACAUGGACCAAUUUGCAUAUCCUAUCAGGACAAUAUGUGUGCCUUCCUUUUAGCAAAUGAGCAUGUAAUUGUGAACAGAACAACCAUCGUGACAUGCUGGGGCUGUGGGUGGACGGAGAUUAUAUGGAUGGAUGUGUACUGCUCCAUACUGCUUAUCCAGUUCAAGAUUGUUGUGUGUGUCUUCUCGCUCCAAUAUUUCUCAUCUUGAUUGCUGGAUUUAGUAUUCCUGUUGAUGCAGCAAGUUGUCCUCACACCAGAAUAUUGUCUAGAGUCCAGAGUUCAUAGUUCAUUUUUAUGUAUUUUUACUAGCUUGACUAAUAAGCUAAUACACUGUAGGGUUUGUGAGAGAGCACCACCACAGAUUUAGGAGGCUAGAUGUCUCAUUUCAGAAUGUCUAUCUUAACCGUCCUUAUGUCUAAAUUGUCUGACUGCAUUUAUGUACACAUCCAUCCAUUUUCCAUAACUCCCAGCACAGAGUCAUUGUGAGCCUGGAGGCUAUCCAAGGAAGCAUAUGGCACCCUGUAUAGAAUGUCAGUCCAUCAUAAGGUACACAAUGACAUACUAUGAUAAAACUAAAGACACCACAUGCCUAAACCAUGUUUUUGACUGUGAUAAGAAACUGAAGUACCCAGAAAAAACCUGUGUGAACACAAGGAAAACUUGUGGAGACUAAAGUGCUAACCACUGAGAAUUUGUGCCAGCCCAGUAUUUAUUACAGACAUUAUUUUGUCAUUGUAUUGUUUAUGUAUGAGUCCCAAUUUAUGGCUGUAAAUACAUUAUUAUUGUACAAAGAACAUGCAUCUUCCAGUAAUAAAAUAUCUCCAGAUUUCUGUCUA